CGGCCGGCGGCUAGUUUGGCCUGCUUUGUUGUGUGGCGGGCUCCUGGCUGCACGCUGCUGACUUGCUACGUGUGUGCGAGGGAGACGUAGACCGACAUCCGCCUCAGACAUGGCCGAGUCCACCGACAAGCUCUACCGGGCCGAAUACGCCAAGAGCGGCCGAGCCUCCUGCAAGAAAUGCGGCGACAGCAUCGCCAAACAGUCGCUGCGGCUGGCACUCAUGGUGCAGUCGCCCAUGUUUGAUGGGAAAGUACCACAUUGGCACCAUUAUGCCUGUUUCUGGAAGCGUGCACGGGUCUUAUCCCAUGGGGAUAUUGAUGGCUUCACAGAGCUUCGAUGGGAAGAUCAGGAAAAGAUUAAGAAGGCAGUCGAAACCGGAGGUGCCUCAGCAGGGGCUGGCGGAGGGGACGCCAAAGGAGGCAAAGCUGACAUGACACUGAAUGAUUUUGGAGCUGAAUAUGCAAAGUCCAACAGAAGUACAUGCAAAGGCUGUGAGCAGAAAAUUGAGAAGGGUCAGAUCAGAUUAUCUAAGAAAAGCGUGGAUGUGGAGCGACCUCAGCUUGGCAUGAUUGAUCGCUGGUACCACCCAGACUGCUUUGUAAGCCGCCGGGAAGAGCUUGGUUUCCUACCAAUGUACAACGCUAGCCAGAUGAAGGGUUUUAUCAUUCUGAAUGCUGAAGACCAGGAAGCUCUAAAGGCCAAACUGCCUGCAGUGAAGAAUGAGGGGAAGAGAAAAGGGGAUGAGCUGGAUGGAUCUGCUAUGUCCAAGAAGAAACUAAAGAAAGAAAAGGAAAAGGAAUCCAAGCUUGAAAAGCUGCUAAAGGAACAGACAGAGCUUGUUUGGAGUAUAAAAGACGAACUGAAGAAAGUGUGCAGCACCAACGAUCUUAAAGAGCUGCUUAUAGCCAACAAACAGCAGGUGCCAUCUGGAGAAACCAAUAUCCUGGACAGAGUAUCAGACGGCAUGGCUUUUGGUGCUCUUCUUCCUUGCGAGGAAUGUCAGGGACAGGUUGUCUUCAAGACUGAUGCUUAUUACUGUACAGGGGACAUCAGUGCCUGGACCAAAUGUGUUGCUAAAACACAAACCCCCAGUAGAAAGGAUUGGGUUACGCCAAAGGAGUUCCAUGAAGUUCCAUAUUUGAAAAAGUUCAAGUUUAAGAGGCAGGACAGAGCCUUCCCUCCAUCUGUAGCUCCAACACCUGUCAGCGCUCCAGCUCCUGCUAAGCUGGUAGUUAAAGAGGAAGUCCUUCCAGAAGGCAAGCCGCUGACAAAUAUGACUGUUAUGCUUAUCGGCAAGCUGUCCAAGAACAAAGACGAUGUUAAGACGAUAAUUGAAGAACUAGGCGGAAAGACGACUGGAUCUGCCAACAAAGCCACAGUAUGCGUCAGCACCCAAAAGGAGGUGGAGAAGAUGAGUAAGAAAAUGGAGGAUGUAAAGGCAGCCAAUAUUCGAGUGGUGAGCGAGGACUUCCUGAAUGAGCUGCAGUCUGGCAAGAGCUGCCAGGACCUGCUUGCCCAGCAUGGCAUCUCUACUUGGGGUGCAGAAAUAAAACAGGAGGCAAAACCGGAGCCCCCAGCAAAAUCAAAGACAGCAAUUGGGAAAAGUACUGGCAAAGUAAAGGAGGAGCAAGGGAGCAGCAAGGCUGAGAAAAAAAUGAAGUUAACUGUUAAAGGUGGAGCAGCUGUUGAUCCAGACUCAGGACUUGAAAAUUCAUGUCAUGUGUUGGAGAAAAGUGGCCAGAUCUUUAGUGCCACCCUGGGCCUGGUGGAUAUAUCCCGAGGGACAAACUCCUACUAUAAACUGCAGUUGAUAGAACAUGACAGAGAUGCCAGGUUCUGGGUCUUCCGGUCGUGGGGCCGAGUUGGAACAGUUAUUGGCAGUAACAAACUGGAGGAAAUGUCUUCUAAAGAGGAAGCUGUUGACCAUUUUCUUAAUCUGUAUCAAGACAAGACUGGCAAUGCCUGGCACUCCACCAACUUCACCAAAUAUCCCAAUAAGUUUUAUCCAUUGGAGAUAGACUAUGGCCAAGAGGAGGAUGUGGUGAAAAAGCUGUCAGUUGGAGCUGGAACAAAGUCCAAACUUGCGAAGCCAGUGCAAGAACUCAUCAAAUUGAUAUUUGAUGUGGAGAGCAUGAAGAAAGCCAUGGUGGAGUUUGAGAUUGAUUUGCAGAAGAUGCCCUUGGGAAAACUUAGCAAGCGUCAGAUUCAAAGUGCAUACUCUAUCCUGAAUGAUGUACAGCAGGCUGUAUCUGACAAUGCUCCUGAAUCUCGUUUGCUGGACUUGUCCAAUCGCUUCUACACACUAAUACCUCAUGAUUUUGGAAUGAAGAAGCCCCCUCUCCUGGAUAACGUGGAGUACAUCCAGGCAAAGGUGCAGAUGCUGGAUAAUCUGCUAGAUAUAGAGGUGGCUUACAGUCUUCUGAGGGGUGGCACGGAUGACUCAGAGAAGGAUCCUAUUGAUGUGAAAUAUGAGAAGGUUAAGACUGAUAUUAAGGUUAUCGAUAAGGACUCUGAAGAAGCCAAGAUAAUCCAUGAAUAUGUUAAGAACACACAUGCCGAGACGCACAACGCCUAUGAACUUGAGGUCCUUGAUGUUUUCAAGAUUGAAAGAGAAGGCGAGAGACAGAGGUAUAAGCCGUUUAAACAGUUACACAACCGUCAGCUGCUCUGGCACGGGUCACGAACCACAAACUUUGCUGGAAUCUUGUCUCAAGGUCUGCGCAUUGCUCCUCCUGAAGCACCUGUUACUGGUUACAUGUUCGGUAAAGGUGUUUAUUUUGCUGACAUGGUGUCUAAAAGUGCAAACUACUGCCACACAACGCCAAGUAACUCGACAGGUUUGAUCCUACUGGGAGAGGUUGCUCUUGGAAGCAUGUAUGAGUUGAAAGCUGCAUCUCACAUAACAAAAUUACCUAAGGGUAAACAUAGUGUGAAAGGUUUGGGCAGAACUGCACCUGAUCCUACUGCUACUGUACAACUUGAUGGAGUGGAUGUUCCUCUCGGGAAAGGCAUGUCCACCAACAUUAAUGACACCAGUCUAAUGUAUAAUGAAUAUAUUGUGUAUGACAUUGCCCAGGUGAACCUGAAGUACCUCCUGAAGCUGAAGUUCAACUACAAAGGCGGACUUUUGUGGUGAUUGCACUGCCUUGUGUUCAAUGGUUUAUGAUCUAAAUCCUUGAUAGGCAAUCAGUAGACCUUCAGCAUCUGUGGAACCACAAGUCCUAUUAUUCCAUGCUAUUCAAAGAAUACAUUAGAUGAGCUGCUAAGCUGUCAAGGUCUGCUGGGACAUAUAUAUCCACAGCAGCUGAAGAUGAUCUACCAGCUGCUCGCCACCUCCUGUAGAUAUGCAAACGUAGAACUGACGAAACCUUUUGCUGACACCGGCCACACUUUACACACAGUAUAAUGACUCUGCUUAAUACCUCCUCUCACCACAGGGAGGCGGUACUAAUAUGCACUAUGAUACAUGGCUAACCUUGCCUUCCUUCCCUUAUUGGCAGCAAACAGCUGUACAAGAAUGCAAAAUGUUGUAUGCUACUGACAUAGAAAGUUUCCACUAAUUACCUGGCAGUCAGGCUCCUUUCAAACUACUGCAACCUGUAUACUAGAUGCUACCAAUAUUUGCAGAAUCCUGAAUCUGUUUCCAGUCAAAAAUAUUCCAAAAGAUACAGGUAUGGCAUGUUUUGGCUUUUCUAAUAGUGUUUUCUGGGACAGUUAUAUUUCCCCCUAUUUACUUAUAUUGAAAAUCCAGGCAAACAGGAUAUACAUUUAAAAUGCAUAUAUGCUCGGAUUCAUGAUUCUGCGCAGCCAGUCUUGUGCUUCACCUUCAAACGCUGCUCAGCUGGGAAGCAAAUCGGCAGUGAGAAUUUCUAGGUGAUGAUGCUGGAAAACACAAAGCUGAACCAGGAGAUGAGACUGGUUGAACAGAAGUAAUAUAUCUUUCAUUAAGUCAUGUGUACAGGAAGUAUUCAAACUUUUUUCAUGUUGCCAAGCUAGUAGAGGUCACAUUUAACUGGAUUUGUUCUGUAAUGUUAAAAGUAUUUGUAGCUUCUCCAAACCACUGCUUCAGUUCUAAUAAAUGUCAGUGAGUUACUCCGGCAUUUAUAGCUACAUACAGACACUUUAAUCCAAUCACCAUGGAAUGUGUAGAUGUUAAUUGUCCGAAAGCAGGAUGGUUUAGGAGGUGUAGAAGUUUUGGAACCCAUCUGUUCUAGAUAAUUAAUCUCAUUGUUAGGAACUCUGUAUAGGUGUUAAUUCCUCAGUUUACAUGGCUAAAGGUGGUAGAGCAGUAAUAACCCCUUCCCGCCGCCUCCUGGCCCUUUAAGAGGUUCUAAAUGGUGGAGGCGGGCAUUUCAGUCGUGACCACUGUGAUUGACUGUCAGUGGUCACAUGAUCAGGGAGAUCCUGGUCGCAAGUAGGCAUCGGGAGCUUUCCAGUACCCGCUGCUAACUGUGCUGGCAGUGCCCAAGGCGCACAUCUCGGCACAGAAAUGUGUGUACAUUUGAGGUGCAUAUAUGUGGCCUCUCUGAGUUGAAGCUCACCCAUGAGAGGCUGCAUAUCUGACAGGAAGAGGUCAAAGGCCCCCCCGUUCUCACCCAGUAACCUUGCCUUUGUAUAAGAAUGCCUACAGUGUGGAUGAGUAAGCAUAGGGUGCCCCUGCACCCUUCCUCAUCCGCACAGCCAUAUACUGGGAAGAUCAGCGUGCUGCGUUUUCUCCUCCCCCAUCUCUCUGAGCUCUGUAUGCAGCUGAGAAUAGAGGUUAUGUGAUCACUAAUAAAAUAAAGAAAGUUAUUUAUAAUGAUAGAGAUACGCACGUGCGCGCACACGUUAAAUGUGUGUUUUUCCUUUCAUUUCUAUUUUAAACUAACUGGGUUGUUUUGCAAGGUGAGGGGUCACAUAUACUUUAAGGUUUCUGUGUUGUCUGUUUGUAUAUAAAUGCUGGGGUUUCGUUCCUGACACUCGUCAGAAUAGUAUAAGUGGCUUAGCUAAGCUAAAAAGAAAAUGUCUUCAAUAUUACAGAACAAGUUCAGAUGAAUGUGACCAACUACUACUAGUCAUACUGAUUCAUGAGAAACUUCACUGAUGUUUUGUAGCUGUUUGCUGGGAAUUUCACUUUAAGAUUGUUUGCCUUUUUUCAGAUGCAAUCUUUUGUUUAUUUUCAGAUAAAAAAUAAAAAUAAAUACCUGUUAUACUUUU